AUGUCUCAACACAGCUGUUUGGAUAAUUAUAUUGUGCUUCACAAACUAGGUAAAGGAGCUCUUUCAAAAGUCAAAGCAGUGCGUGAUCCUGCUAAUGGAUUUACAUAUGCUGCAAAAAUCUUGAAAUUCCCAUGCGAGGCGCUCUCUUCGAGAUUUCGAGAAAUAGUCCAAAACGAGAUGCAAAGCCUGAAGAGACUCAACCACCCGAAUAUUAUAAGCAUUUUUAAUGCAAACGAGAAUGGAGUCUACACGAAGAAAAACGGUGACACUUAUAAAUGUAAGGAUCCCCCCCCUCAUUUGUCGAAUUUUCUAGUCUUUUUAUAAGAAAUUUUUUUUUUCAGGACCUCAUUUGUCCAAAAAUCUAGUCAAAAAUGAUUUGUCCAAUUUUCUAGUCUUUUUUGGAUUUUUUCGAAUGCCCUAAAUUCUAGUUUUUUACUUUAAAAAAACUAGAAAAUGAGACAAUUGAGGUCCUGAAAAAUUUUUUUUCUCUAUCAAAAUUUUGACUAGAAAAUUGGGACAAAAUGAGGUCCAAAAAAAAUUUUUUUUUCCUAUAAAAAAAACUAGAAAAAUGGACAAAUGAUAAAAGACUAGAAAAUUGGACAAAUGAGGGGGGGGGAUCCUUAUGUAUAUGAUCAUGGAGCUCUGUCCAAAUGGAGAACUUUUUGAUAUCCUAUUUCAAUCUGGAAGGUUUGACGAGAGAACAUCUAGGUUCUAUUUUCAUCAAUUAAUUGAUGGACUUGAAGCUUGCCAUAGGGCAGGGGUUGCACAUAGAGAUUUGAAGCCUGAAAAUAUAUUCAUUUCAAUAUAAAUAUUGCGAUAGCCCUAAUAGUUAUAUAUUUAUAAUAAUAGACAGAUUUAGCAUAUUAUUUGAUGAAAAUUUUAAUUUAAAAUUAACUGAUUUUGGGUUUGCUUUUUCAGACACUGGAAAUAAUAGAUCAAGCUGCUUACAAACAAAUUUAAAGGCGGAGAAUUAUAUGGCGCCAGAAAUUCUUGCAAGGCAGCCAUAUAAUGGAUUUUCUGUUGAUUUGUUUGCAGCAGGUAUCAUCUUAUUUAUCAUGCUUUCUCAAAAUCCACCCUUUAAUAAAGCAACUUUAACUGAGCCUUACUAUCGGCUGCUAUCAAACAAAGAAGAAAGGUUUUGGCAGCUUCACUCAAGAAACAAGCCUCAGAAUUAUUACAGCGCUGAGUUUAAAUCUUUGAUUACUGACAUGCUCGCUUUUAAUCAUUCUCAAAGGCUAACAAUUGAGCAAAUUAAAGCUCAUCCUUGGUAUCAAGGUCCUGUUGCUUCGACACAAGAAGUGGGGCAAGAACUAAGAAUCAGACGCCAAAAGAUAUUUGAAAAUGCUGAAAAAGCUCGUGAACUAAGACAAAGAACAGUUGGGCAGAGGCCAGGUGUCGGAAUCCCGUCUAACAGAUUUUACAGAGGUGAUGAAAGUGAUAUGGGGAGUUUAUCUCUUUCUUUUUCAAUUCCUCCAGAAGAUCUUAUUGCUAAACCUUUGCCGUUAAAUUUUGAGACUGUUCACAAAUAUUUUCAAUUAUUCACAGGACUAAGUCCAACUGAGGUUAUGUCAAUAAUUUCUCAUUGCCUCUUUGAAUAUAACGCAGAAUGUGAAGUAUCCCAAGACUAUUACGAGGUGUUGGCUACUGUAGUUACCGAAACUGACAUCGUUAACUUCAAAGUUACUGUUUACGAUGCUGGCAAUUUUUUAACUGCGCUUUCCUUUGAUCUGUUGAGAGGCAGAAAAUUUGAUUUGAUGACAAUUUACAGGAGUAUUGAAGGAAAAAUCCAGGAAGUUCAAAAUUGCUAUAGUGUUUUAUAA